GAUUUAACCAAAUGUGGAUGUAAGGGAGAUAGUAAUUAAUAGACAGGGUAUAACUCAAAAAUGGUAAAUCGUAUAAUAACAAUUCAUAGGUUAAAAUAAAGCUUAUGAUAAGAGAGACAUGAAUAUAAAUAGUUUAGUUAAUUAACAAUUAUACGGUAAAAAUGUACGUGUAGUAUUGAUCCAUAAAUGGAUCACAAAAAUUACCAUUCAUUAUUCUUAUCGUGAUAUAAAAAUUCUUCCCACCUAACAUGGACUUCAAUUUCAUCAAAUGUACUUAUCUACAUUUUAUUAUUUUCAGCUCCCAACUUGGAUGGCAGAUAGACUUACUGAGUUACAAGACGCAAUUAAUUUACAAGCUGAAAAUUUGUGCAACGCAAUCGGUGUAAUACAACAAGUCGCUCAGCCCAGUUUCUUUUCUGACUUUAAUUGGGCUUCCAGGUCUGCUAAACCAGAAUACCAGGCAUUUAUCCAAGCUCAACCAACUGACGAUAUUGCUCGGAGUUUUGCUGUUGCAAUUUCCGCUACUGCAAAGCAACUGGAUGCAUUAAUUGGAGCUCUGCCUGAAGAAGAAGCCAGUGCAGAUAUUCAACGUGCUACUGUUCACAAACUUUUAGAAGCUUAUAGAUCUGAAGGAGCGAAACUUGCGCGUAUCACAACUAAACUUGAGUCAAGGUUGGCUGAAAAUCAGAGGUGUAUAGAGAAUUUUAUGGAAACUGAUCCUAAUCUGUCGUUAAACAACGACUCAAGUUAUGAGGCUCCUGAAUACAUAUAUUCAUCACCACCAUCGUCUAUUUCCUGGCUCACCUAUUUAACUAUUAUAUUCCUUUUUACUUUAUUUUUUCGACUAUGCUUUACAUUCGGUAUUGUGGAUAGAUUACAUGCUCUUGUUAAUUUUAUUUUGGCAAUAUCCACGCCAUCUGGUCGUAAACGUCGAGCACUACGCGCUAAGUAUGUUGAAGAUCUAGGAAAUUUACGAACUCAAUUAAAAAGUGUACAUAUGGUGGAUGAGUUUGCUACUUAUUCGAAACUAGAACGAAAGAUAAAACUAUUGGAACGUCAGUUGAACUCCUUGGCCCCUGAAACUCUUGUUGGAUCAAUGGUUCGCCAAGUCAGUAUCUACGUUGGAUUAUAUGCAAUCGAAGCAAUAUUUAUGGCUUAUCUAAUUUCACAUUCACCAGUUGAGACAAUUUCACCAGUAACACUACAAUCUCUCAUGAUAAAUAAUUAUUCAAUGAAAGAUCUUACUAUUUUUAUCUGUCAAGUAAUAUCAUAUAUACCUGUAAAAAUUGUAGUGAUAUGUUGGAUUAUUUUAUGUCGUUUAACUAUUGGACCAGCAGUAUCUAAAUUAGGAAAUAAAUUACAACGACAAAAACAGUCUCAAAAUCAGCAAUCAAAUCAACACUCAGGUGUUAAUUUUACUAACAGUACAACAAAUACUGUAUCCACUACUAAUUAUUCUGUGCCCAAUACAUCAUCCUAA